AUGCAUCAAAAUUUGAGAGAAGACUCCAAGACGGUGAAGAGUAUUUUAACAGAGUGCCUAGGUGGUGUGACAACUCCCCCCCUCCCUGUGAGUAAAGAAGGGGAGGAGGACUCCCUGGUGGUUACUUCUCAGUGGAGCCCACCAAGUGGAGGAAGGGGAACACUAACUCGAGGGAAGGACCCCAGGGGAGGGCUAAUCUGGACGGAUGGUGAUGAAGACCUCACCAAAAUGACUCCAAAAAGGACUCCAAAAGAGACUACAAAAGAGACUCCAAAAAGGACAACAAAAAAGACGACAAAGAUUUUUUUUAAAUUUGAACCUUUUAUUAUUCACGUUAAGUGUGCCAACUUGGUGAGUGCGCUGAGGUUGCUGAAAGUGGCACAGAUGGCUGGACUGAAGCAGAGCGGCUUAUUGAACUUUAACCGUUACGUUACCGUUGCGAUUAGGGGAUCCAUGCGAUUGGAGCAUUAUGUGGAGGGUGCGCGUUCACUGCAGGAGGACUCCAUCGUGAAGCUGCUUGACGUGUGCAAUGGGAAGAUGGAUCAAAAUUUGAGGCAGCUCGUGUGGUUUUACCACUGCUAUAGGGAGAAACUGUCAGACGAGGGACACAUAAGGAGUGGUACUUCCCCAGUGGGAGGGGACUCCUCACUGCAGUGGAAGCUCCUUUCUAAUGAGGAGGACCUGGACAAGCUCUUCGUUUGGGGACACGAUAUGUUUAUUGAGGAGGGGAAUAUUUACCUGUUUGGUGGGUUCGCUAAAGGAGUGAGGAGUAGAGAGUUGAAAAUUUUCGACGUUGGGAGGAAGAGCCUUAGGACGUAUGAGACGCCGUUGCCAGCGCUGUCUUACCAUUGCUUCUUCCGGCUGGACAGCAACUACGCGUGUGUGUUCGGUGGUAGGAGGAGCCCGAAAAGUUGCACGAGUGAUGUUUGGCUGUAUGAUGUGCGAAGGAAUGCGUGGUGCGCAGCGGAGUGGCGGAGCAGUGGUGAGAAAAGUCGUGGUGAUGGGCGUGGUGAUUCGCGUGUUGAUUCGCGUGUUGAUUUGCGUGGUGAUCCGCGUGGUGAUUCGCGCGGUGAUUCGCGCAGUGAUGGUGAGGACGCCUCCCGGCCCUGCGGUAGGUACCGACACGCGUGUGCAUUCGUCCGGAGGUACCGCAAGAAGGAGAAGGAGGUUUACCUGUUCUACGUGCACGGAGGCGUUACGGAGAAGAAUGAGGUGCUGAAUGACCUGUGGGUGGGGAAGCUGACCGUUCAGGGGCACCUGUCCGUGGGGCCAACUGCCAUCAUCGAAUGGGAGAGGAAGCACUGCUCGGGGAGGGUCAAACAAGAAGGGGAGGAGGUCCCCUCCCCAUUUGUAAAGAACCACACCAUGGUGUAUAAUAAAAGGAGGAACUUGAUUCACAUCGUCGGGGGGUGUUCCUCUCCCUGGGCUGAAGGGGUACACCCGAGUCAGUCAUGUGUGGAAGAUAGUAUGGACCGCUUACACACGUACGACUUGAAGAAGGACUGCUUUUUUUAUGUUCACUGUGGAGUCAGCGAGGAGGAUGGCCAAGCGGCCUUCCCAUUAAAUCGCUUCUCGCACGCGACAUGCGCGUGGGGGCACAACGAUUUUGUCCUUAUGGGAGGCCUCAACAUGCAUCGAACGCUGAACGACGUAUGGUUCUUUCGUAUGAAGGAGAGCAAGUGGUACCGGCUGGGUGUGUUCCCAUUCCAUAGUAUGUAUGUGAGGGCGAAGAUUGCUUGUGAGGGGGACUACCUCUAUGUGGAGGUGAAAACGGCUUUGGAGAGGAUAGGGGCAUUUGAUAAGGGUCGCAAAAUUGAGGUCUACAAGGCAGGUACAGCUAGCGGAAAUGAUGAAAACUCCUUUUUGGUCCCAGUUGUAGAAAAAAUAGAAAAAUCAAAAAAUUAUGAACAGGUCAGGCAAUUUUUUCCAUUUGAGAAGAUACAGCUUACAAAGGAAGGACAUAUUUUCUACAUAUAUAGGAGUUCCCAUGGGAGGAAAGAAAAAACGAAUUUGAAGCAAUGUCUGACGAAUCUGUUUUACAGCUUUGCUAAUGAGAAGGUGAAGAGUUAUUUGAGCGAGUCCGAGAGGAAGCUCAUCGUUAGGGCCAGUGCCAAGUACGAAGUUAUAGGGGGUAUUGUAAUUUUCCAUUACAGGCAUAUGGGGUCGGUUCUCCGGCUGUACCGCAGGUGUGUGGAGGGUAGUGCGUCGAAGUACAUGGAGAUGGGCACAGGGAAGUAUACCCGUUUGAGGACCCUGCUGAAGAAGUGCAGACGUAGGAAGCUUAUCUCAUAUGUGGACGCCCUUUGGCUGGACGUGAGGGACGCGUUCAAUCGGUUUCGGGGAGGCCGAAGAGGGGGGGAGGACAGGAGGCAGCCAAGGCUACGCCUGAGGUGCAUUAAAACGUUUCUUAAAUUUUCGAGCCUGGCGAGGAGGCGUACUGUGCUGCGCGGACAAUCGUCUUUAGCUCAGUUGGGAAGAGCACCCCCUUGUAGGGGGAAAGAAAAAGCACCCCCUUGUAGAGGGAAAGAAAAAGCGUGUCUUUUUAACCACCCCUGGUGCUCCCUUACAUACGUGGGACGGCGCGCAGUAAAGGUGGACCAGCUAGCCAAAAUGAAGAAGCAAUUGAAAUACCUACGUGAUAGUGAAUACGGGAAAAAGAACAACCCACGAGGGAAAAGAAUCAAAACAAUAGCAAUCUACGAACACAUAGAAGGAGUAAAGAGAAAAAAUUUAAUCCAUUUAGUGCUAGGAAGGAACACCAAAACUAUGCACAUAGAAAAUAACGUUGUGUACAAGCUGGACUUAGAAAAAUGCAUGUUUUGCUCAGGAAAUGGGACAGAAAAGGAGAGGAUAAAAAAUCUUUAUUUGGAUCGAUCUAACAUGGUGGUAAGCAAGGAAAUCGUUGUCGAUUUAUUUUGUGGUGUUGGGUAUUUCACUCUACCUCUGCUUAAGUUGGUUGGGGAGGGAAAAAUAAAGGAAUAUUACGCUUGUGAUAUUAAUGGAGAUUCUUUGAGAUUAUUGAGAGAUGCAGUAAAGCUGAACAAAAUGGAGACAAGCCAGUUGCACCUAUUACGACAGAACUCUUUUGUCGUGACGAAGAAUGCACAGCUCCUUCGGAGGUGUCACCGUGUUCUCCUCGGCUUGUUACCGCACAGUGUAGAGGCCUGGUGUAACGCAUUUCAACUUCUGGACGGUCAGGUGGGGGGUACUCUACACAUACACGGCAUUGGGGAGAGCGUUUUCCAAGAACAGUUCGUAUCGCGAGUCUGCACGUAUGAUUACGUGAGGAGUGUGAAGGGGUGUAGUCAGUCUGUCGUUACCAAUUUAUCCUUGGCUGAGUUGGUUCGACAUGGGCUGCACGUGACGGAGGGGUCUCACAGUGGAGGAGCCCCCUCGGUUGGGCAGUCGUGUCCCCGUGGUGAGGAGGCAACCUCGGGUGGUGGGGACAAAUUGGGGAAGACGGCGAAGGGCCCCUACAGAGGCAACAACGUCCCCACGAGUCUCCACUUUGCCCAGUUCGUGCUGCUGGAAAUAUUUAAGCUGGCUCUGAAGGACUACCUGGCGCACAAGACCAACUGGGUCAUCUCGAUACUGCACGUGGAGCGCGUUAAGUCCUACGCGCCGCGCGUUUAUCACUACGUGGUGGACGUGCGCUGCACGCCGGAGAAGUGUAGCAGUGGGGAG